CAUGGCGGCGCACAUCACCAGAGCGGUGAGGCGACUUCUCCCUCAGCAGGGCGUCGGACUCCGGCCCGCGGCCUGGCGGGCGCACGCCGACGGGCGCCGUUUCCUCCGCCACUUGGCGGGUCUCCCCCCGCCGCGCUACACCCCCCGCCGGGCGGUGCUCUACUGCCCCGGCGACGACGAGCGGAAGCUGAGGAAGCUGGCGUCGCUCGACGUCGACUGCGCCGUCCUGGACUGCGAGGACGGCGUGGCCCUCGGCAAAAAGACUGACGCCAGAGAGACGAUCUCCCGGAUGCUGGCGGAGCUGGACCUGGGCCGCACGGAGAAGUGCGUGAGGGUGAACUCCGUGUCCAGCGGGCUGGCCGACGCCGACCUGCAGGUCAUCCUGCGGGCCGAGCUGCUGCCUCCCGCCGUCAUGCUGCCCAAAGUGGAGGACGUGCAGGAGGUGCAGUGGUUUGUUGGCAGGUUCCAGCACCACUUGAAAGGACGCCGCCUGACGGAGCCCAUUCGCCUGGUCACCUUUGUGGAAACCGCUGUGGGCCUGCUCAAUUUUCAGGCGGUGUGUGAGGAAAUCCGUCGGCUCGCUCCGGAGGCCGGUCUCCACCAUGACGGCGUGGUGUUCGGCUCCGAUGACUUCUGCGCGAGCAUCGGGGCCACGCGGACCGAAGAUGCCAGGGAGCUCCUGUACGCCCGGCAGAAGGUGGUGGUCACCGCCAAGGCGUUCGGCCUGCAGGCCGUCGACAUGGUGCACAUCGACUACAAAGACGUGGAGGGGCUGCGGCGCCAGGCCAGAGAGGGGGCGCUCAUGGGCUUUACAGGUAAGCAGGUGAUCCACCCGGGGCAGAUCCAGGCCGUGCAGGAGGAGUUCUCCCCCAGCCAACAGAGGGUCCAGUGGGCCACAGAGCUCAUCGCUGCGUUUGACCAGCACCAGAAGGAGGGAAAGGGCGCAUUCACCUUCCACGGCAGCAUGAUCGACAUGCCCUCGGUGAGGCAGGCGCGCAACGUCCUGGUGCUGUCCGCCGCCGUGCCGCCGCAGGGACGCCGCGGCUGACCGGCGACGGGAAGCUGCAGAGAGAGAGAAGAGCUGGAGGACUGCUGACGCUGCUUUACAUCCAAGUUGUUGACAAUUGGGGAAAUGUUUUGGUGCUGUGAAGUUUGUUUGUUGUUUGUUUUCUGCUGUCGUCCUGUUUGUGUGUCAAACACAACUUCAGAUGGUUUUCAUCUAAUCUGCACGCGCAGUGUGUGUGUGUGUGUGUGUGUGUGUGCCAUCAUGUCAUCCUCUAGUCUGUGUGUGUGUGUGUGUGUGUGUGUGCCAUCAUGUUAUCCUCUAGUCUGUGUGUGUGUGUGUGUGUGUGCGUGCGUGCGCCAUCAUGUCAUCCUCCAGUGUGUGUGUGUGUGUGCGUGCGCCAUCAUGUCAUCCUCCAGUGUGCGUGUGUGUGUGUGUGUGCGUGCGUGCCAUCAUAUCAUCCUCUAGUCUGUGUGUGUGUGUGUGUGCCAUCAUGUCAUCCUCUAGUCUGUGUGUGUGUGUGUGUGUGUGUGUGUGCGUGCGUGCCAUCAUGUCAUCCUCUAGUCUGUGUGUGUGUGUGUGUGUGUGUGCGUGCCAUCAUGUUAUCCUCUAGUCUGUGUGUGUGUGUGUGUGUGUGUGUGUGUGUGUGCAUGCCAUCAUGUCAUCCUCUAGUCUGUGUGUGUGUGUGUGUGUGUGUGUGUGUGUGUGUGUGCGUGCGUGCCAUCAUGUCAUCCUCUAGUCUGUGUGUGUGUGUGUGUGUGUGCGUGCCAUCAUGUUAUCCUCUAGUCUGUGUGUGUGUGUGUGUGUGUGUGCGUGCCAUCAUGUUAUCCUCUAGUCUGUGUGUGUGUGUGUGUGUGUGCGUGCCAUCAUGUUAUCCUCUAGUCUGUGUGUGUGUGUGUGUGUGCGUGCCAUCAUGUCAUCCUCUAGUCUGUGUCUGUGUGUGUGUGUGUGUGUGUGCAUGCGUGCCAUCAUGUUAUCCUCUAGUCUGUGUGUGUGUGUGUGUGCGUGCCAUCAUGUUAUCCUCUAGUCUGUGUGUGUGUGUGUGUGUGCGUGCCAUCAUGUCAUCCUCUAGUCUGUGUGUGUGUGUGUGUGUGUGCGUGCCAUCAUGUUAUCCUCUAGUCUGUGUGUGUGUGUGUGUGUGCGUGCCAUCAUGUCAUCCUCUAGUCUGUGUCUGUGUGUGUGUGUGUGUGUGUGUGUGUGCGUGCCAUCAUGUUAUCCUCUAGUCUGUGUGUGUGUGUGUGUGUGUGUGCGUGCCAUCAUGUCAUCCUCUAGUCUGUGUGUGUGUGUGUGUGUGUGUGCCAUCAUGUCAUCCUCUAGUCUGUGUGUGUGUGUGUGUGUGUGCGUGCCAUCAUGUUAUCCUCUAGUCUGUGUGUGUGUGUGUGUGCAUGCGUGCCAUCAUGUUAUCCUCUAGUCUGUGUGUGUGUGUGUGUGUGUGUGUGUGCGUGCCAUCAUGUUAUCCUCUAGUCUGUGUGUGUGUGUGUGUGUGCAUGCGUGCCAUCAUGUUAUCCUCUAGUCUGUGUCUGUGUGUGUGUGUGUGCAUGCGUGCCAUCAUGUCAUCCUCUAGUCUGUGUGUGUGUGUGUGUGUGUGUGUGCGUGCCAUCAUGUUAUCCUCUAGUCUGUGUGUGUGUGUGUGUGUGUGUGUGUGUGUGUGUGCGUGCCAUCAUGUCAUCCUCUAGUCUGUGUGUGUGUGUGUGUGUGUGUGCGUGCCAUCAUGUUAUCCUCUAGUCUGUGUGUGUGUGUGUGUGUGUGUGUGUGUGCGUGCGUGCCAUCAUGUCAUCCUCUAGUCUGUGUGUGUGUGUGUGUGUGCGUGUGUGCGUGCGUGCGUGCGCCAUCAUGUCAUCCUCCAGUGUGUGUGUGUGCGCCUACCAUCUCCAUGGUUGCGGCAAAAGAGUAAACAAACACAACAAGCCACUGUUGUGGAUCCCCUCAUUGGCCCCCAGGUCUUUCAGCCCCCCCCCCCCCCUCCAGCCUGACUCACAGACAUCAAAGUCUUAUAAAAACAAACAAACCCAAAAGUACCAGAUGGAGUCUUUCAACUGACAAAGUAGCGUUUCCUUCUUCCGUCAGUCUUUGAGUCUCGGCCUCCUCAGUGAAGACGUGGCGGCUGUGAGCCGCGGCUCCGAGGAGGAGGAGCGUGUGGCGUCGGACACGCCGCGACCUGCGCGAACAGUAAACAAUGCACACACAGACACACCCACACACACACACACACACACGUGCACGCGCGCUGCCGGAGUUCUCCCCCUGAUCUCUCACUCAUCUUAUUGUCUCAGUUGUUCUUCCUCCAUCCUCGUCUUCCUCUUCCGCAGUUUGAAGCCGACGCUUCUCUGAACACACAUAUAACAACGAGCUGAGCGGCUUCGUGCCGCGGGCGCUCCUCUCCGCUCCGCUCCGCCGCUUCGUGCCGGUCGUCCUGACUCCCGGUGGAGUGGCCGUGAUGAGGAGGAGACCGAGGCCAUGUUGCUCCAGCAGACCGGCGCCCGGCUUUGUCUCUCCGCCGGUGGAUGGGAGGAUAAUUGGGGGGGUGUUGAAUGGUUAAUGGUGCCAUUGGUGACCAUGGUAAUGAAAAGGCACCGAGCCUCCCCUACCCCCCCCCCCCCCCCCCUCUCUACUGUAUGAUCUAUUGUGUCUGGGGCCGGGCCGGGCCGGGCCGGGCCGGGCCGGGCCAGAUAAAGAUGGAAGCCGCUCCUCGCCAAACAGCCCAACAGUAAACCGUCUCUUCGGCAUUUGGCCAAAUAUUUUGCUCGCCCCUGUUUUUUUCUCUUCUUCCUCACGGUUAUGAAUUCACACGCAGCUCUUUUUUCAUUUGUUUAUUUUGUUUUUCGCCCAAGUCUGCCACAAUAAACAACAACUGUCGUGACGUGUGCCAUUAGUUCCACGAGUCCACAGACACGUGAGGCUCUGCAGAACUUCUGGAACUCCUCCCCUCGGCCUAAAGGGUGUCACGCGUAGAGGAGGCGUUUCCUCCGCUUGUCAUGACAUCAUCCGUAGGUUGUGAGUGUUCCUGUUCUGACGGCUGGACUCGAUGCGCGUCUUGUUUUGGGAAUUCUCAAAGCAUUUCCUCCACAUUCGGUGUUGGCUGUCGUGGAUCGAUCGCGUGCAGCAGGGGGCGUGUCUCUGGAUCUGAGUCGUCCAGUAAACGCUCCGAACCCAAACGCUCCGCCCGGUUCCUCCAGCGAGCAUCGCCUCCGUCGCCGGGUCGGAACUAAAAGACCUCGGAUCAUGGGAUGCCUCGUAGGAAGAUGUCCUUGCAGUGCAGACAGUUCCUCGGACACACACACACACACAUAAAGAAACACACAAACACGUGCUCUGCACUCUUUGAGUUGGAGGAAGAUUCUCACCAGGUGAGUUUGAGUGGAGGCCGGACUGAAUGGCUUCUCUCUUCCACCAAGCCGCUCUGCACCAACAGGUGUGUGUGUGUGUGUGUGUGCCCCCCCCCCCCCCCCCCCCCCCAAAGACACAUCCAUCCCCUGAGUGCUUCCUUUGACACGUGUCUGUUAUCACACCCCCCCCUCCCCUCCCCUAAUUUAAAGAUAAAAUAAACGUCCUCUGGUCUCGUUGCUCCGUGUCGACGUUCAAUCAACUCGCCCGCGGAUGAAAAUUAAUAAUAAUAAUAAUAAUAAUAAUAAUUGUAAUUCCCCCCCCCCCCCCCGCGAGAGACUUCCGGUGCCAUCUCUGUGGAGGAGUGCGUCCCCCAGUCCGCCUCCGCGCUGUAAUGCUACAUAACAACCCCGAAAUCAUCUGUUCGGACCCGGCACCGUUUCCUUUUCUUUUUUUGGGGGUUGGGGGGCUGGAGGGGGGGGGCGUAUUUAAACACAUCUCUCCGGUACUCACCCAUGAGAGUAAAUUAGAAUUAACACGAUUAGAACCUCACCAGAAAUUGUGACGGGAAUCAAUUAGGCUGCGAGCAGCGUCUCAGAGGCCGUAAUGUGCUGGUCGAGAUUGCUUUCAUAAAUUACGAGGAGGGGCCGGGGGGAGAAAAUGCAUGUAUGCAGAACACUGUCAGAGGAAAAUUAAAACGAAAUGUUUUACAUAUUUUUCCAUUAAUCUAAAUGGGACCCGUGUGGCAGAGAUGGUUUUAUUGUAAUUCCUCGCCCGGGGACGCCCGAAUAAUGACUUGAUGUUUUAAUAGACUUCUAAUGACAAUAUAUGACAAAGUAAUUGCAGCGGAAGAUUAUUCUAAAGCAAUAAAAAUACCUCGUUAUUGCAGCUGCAGCACAGUGUGAGAAGUGUAAACCUAUUAGCCCGAAAGAGAUGGCUGGAAAUGGUGGCGCACGCGCGCGCGGAGCCGAUCGGCGCGCAGACAUUAGUUGAGGCUAAUUACCUCCGUUUCAAUAUUUAGGAUUAUUGUUUCCACGGCUGGGACGUGUUCCACGUGGCUCCAGCCGGCCGUCGCCUUCUGAGGAGCUGGUGCUGUCACUGCUUAAUUUUCGGGAUAUCCACCCCCCCCCCCCCCACCCCCACCCGAGGCUAUAGACAAGUUUUUAAUUUUACAUUUUUUAUUAUCAAUUAUUGCUUACCAAAAUAAUAAUUAAAAGGCUUUAAAUAAUAAUAAAAAGAAGAAAUAAAAUGAAUUCGUUCUCAUACUUUCUUCUGAGGGGUUGUGGAAUAAAAAUGAAAUUAUGCCGCUGUUGGAAACGGAAUGCAUAUUUAUUUUUUUGAAAUGUAAUGUCACAAAACAAAUUAUAGCGCCGAUAUAAAAAGGCGGAUUAAUUGGACUGCUAAUAAAAUGUCCAACCUCUACUUUUU